UGCACCAGAUACUUGCCCCUCAUAUGAUCCAAUCUAUAGGAGGGUUUCUUCCCCGAAGCCCGAGGCGGUGAAGAAAAGCCAUCUCUUUCUUGGUUGUCCCGGCGCUAUAUUCCUGUCUUCCUGAUCUCCCCGGACUUGGAGCUCGUCCCUCUUGCGCGUUCUUCUGUUGUUGGGUUCCCAGUAAGUUGAUCUCGCGACCCUUCUCCGUUUUCGCCGCGGGGUUUGAAGGUUCCGUGCCUCUUGGUCUGUUCUUGAUUUUUGGUACAUGAUGGGGGGAAGUGCAAUCGAUGAUGACUGGGAGCUUACUUCCCCAAGCAAUGGGAUUAAGACACUGGUACUUGUUGGCCGUACUGGCAAUGGCAAAAGUGCUACGGGGAACACCAUUCUUGGAAGAAAGGCCUUUAAGUCAAGGGCUAGCUCUUCUGGCGUCACAAGCACCUGUGAAUUGCAGAGAACUGUCCUGCGGGAUGGCCAAAUUAUGAAUGUGAUAGAUACGCCAGGUCUAUUUGAUAUCUCUGCUGGAAUUGAUUUUGUUGGCAAAGAAAUAGUAAAAUGUAUUGAUAUGGCGAAAGAUGGAAUUCAUGCUGUACUUGUAGUGUUCUCUGUCAGAACACGGUUUUCAGAGGAAGAAGAAGCUGCUCUCCGUAGCUUGAGAACUUUAUUUGGCAGUAAAAUAAUUAACUACAUGAUUGUGGUAUUUACUGGAGGAGAUGAGCUUGACGAUAAUGAUGAGACGUUGGAGGACUAUUUGGGUCGUGAGUGCCCACAGCCUUUGAAGGACAUUUUACUUCUCUGUGAGAAUCGAAAGGUACUAUUUGACAACAAGACCAAGGAUGAAACCAAGAGGAUUGAACAGGUUCAGCAUCUGUUAUCCCUUGUAAACAUGGUCAUGGUGUCGAAUGAUGGAAAACCUUAUACAGAUGAUCUAUUUGUUGAAAUGAAGAAAGGGGCAAUGAAGCUCCAUGAACAGCAAGAAGUUGUUGGUUCCUUGAAAGGAUACACUAAAGGAGAGCUCAUGAAGUUGGAGGAGCAGAUGCAUAAAUCUUAUGAAGAGCAGCUGCAGCGAAUCACUGAGAUGGUUGAAGCGAAGCUUAGAGAGACAACAACUAGACUGGAGCAAAAGUUGGCUGAGGAGCAAGCUGCUCGAAUGAGGGCAGAAGAGCUUGCGCAGUUUGCUCAAAUGAAGUCAAAUGAUGAAAUCCGUCUUCUGAGGGAGAGUCUAGAAAAAGCACAGAGGGAGACCCAGGAGCUCCGUAAGCAAGCCGAAAGUCGAUGUACCAUACUAUGACCUAACUGUGAAAACAUUCGGGCCUAGACAUUGGUUGGAUGUCAUCUCGUACAUUCCUUUUAGCUGGGUAUCCACGAUGGUAACUUGAAAGUUCUUGUGGUACAUAUCUUCAAACGUCAUGUUUAUCUAUAUGCCGACAUUAUUACAAUUGGUAUCAAGCAACUCAGUUUUUCUAAA